AUGAAUGGUGAUACUCGGGCUGCAGUGGUGACCUCACCACCCCCGACCACAGCCCCUCACAAAGAGAGGUAUUUCGACAGAGUGGAUGAGAACAAUCCAGAAUACUUGCGAGAGAGGAACAUGGCACCAGACCUUCGCCAGGACUUCAAUAUGAUGGAGCAAAAAAAGAGGGUGUCCAUGAUUCUGCAGAGUCCCGCUUUCUGUGAAGAAUUGGAAUCCAUGAUACAGGAACAAUUUAAGAAGGGGAAGAAUCCCACAGGCCUAUUGGCAUUACAGCAGAUUGCAGAUUUUAUGACCACAAAUGUACCGAAUGUCUACCCGGCAGCUCCGCAAGGAGGGAUGGCUGCCUUAAACAUGAGUCUUGGUAUGGUGACUCCUGUGAAUGACCUUAGAGGAUCUGAUUCUAUUGCCUAUGACAAAGGGGAGAAGUUAUUGCGGUGUAAACUGGCAGCGUUUUACCGACUAGCAGAUCUCUUUGGAUGGUCUCAGCUUAUCUACAAUCACAUCACAACCAGAGUGAGCUCCGAGCAGGAACACUUCCUCAUUGUACCUUUUGGACUUCUCUACAGCGAAGUGACUGCAUCCAGUUUGGUUAAAGUCAAUCUACAAGGAGAGGCAGUGGACCGUGGAAGUACUAAUCUAGGGGUAAAUCAGGCUGGCUUCACGUUACAUUCUGCCAUUUACGCUGCACGCCCGGACGCGAAGUGCGUUGUGCAUGUUCACACACCAGCAGGGGCCGCGGUCUCUGCGAUGAAAUGUGGCCUCUUGCCAAUCUCCCCAGAGGCACUUUCCCUUGGAGAAGUGGCUUAUCAUGAUUAUCAUGGGAUUCUGGUUGAUGAGGAAGAAAAAGUUUUAAUUCAGAAAAAUUUGGGGCCUAAAAGCAAGGUUCUUAUUCUCCGGAAUCACGGGCUUGUAUCCGUUGGAGAGAGCGUUGAGGAGGCCUUCUAUUACAUCCAUAACCUUGUGGUUGCAUGUGAGAUCCAGGUUCGAACUCUGGCCAGUGCGGGAGGGCCAGACAAUUUAGUCCUCCUGGAUCCUGGGAAGUACAAGGCCAAAUCCCGUUCCCCCGGGUCCCCGGCAGGGGAGGGCAGCGGAUCGCCUCCCAAAUGGCAGAUUGGUGAGCAGGAGUUUGAAGCGCUCAUGCGGAUGCUGGAUAAUCUGGGUUACAGAACUGGCUACCCUUAUCGAUACCCUGCUCUGAGAGAGAAAUCUAAAAAAUACAGCGACGUGGAGGUUCCUGCCAGUGUCACAGGUUACCCCUUUGCGAGUGACGGUGAUUCGGGCACUUGCUCCCCUCUCAGACACAGUUUUCAGAAGCAGCAGCGAGAGAAGACAAGAUGGCUGAACUCUGGCCGGGGUGACAAUGCUUCUGAGGAAGGGCAGAGCGGAAGCAGUCCCAAGUCGAAGACUAAGGUGUGGACGAACAUUACACACGAUCACGUGAAACCCUUGCUGCAGUCUCUCUCGUCCGGUGUCUGCGUGCCAAGCUGUAUUACCAACUGCUUGUGGACUAAAGAGGAUGGACAUAGGACUCCUGCCUCUGCCGUCCCGAACCUGUUCGUCCCACUGAACACCAACCCAAAAGAGGUCCAGGAGAUGAGGAACAAGAUUCGAGAGCAGAACCUACAGGACAUUAAGACCGCUGGCCCCCAGUCCCAGGUGUUGUGUGGUGUAGUGAUGGACAGGAGCCUCGUCCAGGGCGAGCUGGUGACGGCCUCCAAGGCCAUCAUUGAGAAGGAGUACCAGCCCCACGUCAUCGUGAGCACCACGGGCCCCAACCCCUUCAGCACGCUCACCGACCGCGAGCUGGACGACUACCGCAGAGCGGUGGAGCGCAAGCACAGGGGCCCUGAAGAGAAUCUGGACGAGACUAGAGAAGACAAAGAAGAGAGCCCUCCAGAGCCCCCUGCUGCCCCCCACACUCCCCCGAGCGCCCCCGUCAAGCUGGAGGAAGACCUGCUGCAGGAGCCGGCUUCGGGAGACGACAGCGGUGCCGCCACCUUCACGCCGACUGUCCCUGACCUGUCCCCUGAUGAGCCUUCAGGGGCGCUCUGCUUCCCGGCGCUGGAGGACGAGGAGGGGGAGGGGCUUUGUGAGGCCGGGGGCCCUCCAGCCCCCGCCAGGCCCCCUUCGGCGGCCAUCCCUGAGCCAGUCACAGCCCAGGCGGCUGCCGAGGAGGGGGCUGCUGUGGACCCUGGCAGUGACGGGUCUCCGGGCAAGUCCCCCUCCAAAAAGAAGAAGAAAUUCCGCACCCCCUCCUUCCUGAGGAAGAGCAAGAAGAGGGGCGACUCCUGA